AUGCACCCCUUUUCUGUCCUCACCCUUGGGAUCUUCGUCGCGGGCUACAUCACCGCCAGGUGGGAUCUUGUCACCCGCCUCUACGAAUUGGCGAUCUUUGCGUGGGAUCACGGCGUCGUGACACGAACUCUCAAAGGAUUCGUCUUCCUGUCCAUUUUCUUCUUUCUACUCAUCGUGCCGAUCAAUUUCCUAGCGUCAAAGGAGGGAAUCCAGGAUGACAACAUGAUCAUGAGCGAUGGGUUGUUACGGGUAUUUUGGCCAUAUGAUCUCCCGCGGUCCUCGUCACCGGGGGUGAUCGUGGGGUGGCGGAAUUCGGAGCUCGAUCUAUUCGUUUUGACAGUUUUGGAGGAUGUUGAACCUCGGAAUGUCGAAAAUGCGCUUCGUGCGGGUAUUCUAUUUCGAAACAGUCCUCACCCUAUUGUUCGAAUAUUUACACUUUGCGGACGCUCUCAGAUGCACGUUCUCGGCUCGGCCAAUUCGCGCACUCCUCCAACAUCAUUCAACCCCUCACAUCUCUAUGUCACCACGCAUUCGUCAUCAAAGGCCCCGCAGAUUCAGUGCUCGGCUGAUGCGAACGUGUCUGUUCAAGUCAUAAUGUAUCAUCGCCCACAUCCAACGCGCAUGGAAUACAUGUCCCUUGACCCAAUUUCACUUGCGCUUGGCGAUAAGGUGGCGACAACGGAGAAAGGAAGUGCAAUACUGGCAAACGUUGAGUCAGAAGAAGAGAAAGAGAAAGCGCGAGCUCGAGUUUUGGUUGACAAGUUAAAGCUCCAUACAGUGGUCAAGCACAUUCCGUCGCAGAAAGAGCAGGCACUCCCGCUUAUAAUCAACCAAGUCAAUUGUGCUUAUGAGAUGGCACAGCUGAUGCACAAAAAUAGUCAUCUCAUUGGAAUUCGUGCCAAGCGAAGUAUGAGUGUCGGUGAGCGAGUAGUAGAAUCUGCUACGACGCUGUGGGGAUUCAUUGUGGUCUGCAUUGCUCAUGUAUUUUGGCAAUGGAUUUGGCCGGUUGUUACUCGGAUAUUCGUCAUAGGCCUGGUUGGCCAUCGUUCCGUUGCUGAAGUCGUCUUGCAAAUUCUAGAGUGGCGAGCCCGACCAGACGCUGCUGCCAUCAAGGACAUUUCUGCGACAGCUCAACAGGUCGAUAUCCGGCUGCAGCAAUUUUGCUACUGGCCUAUACAAUAUGUCAAACUACGCCAAAGAAAAGACAACUGGGAAAGUGUCACAACAAGCCACCCGGAUUAUAUUCGAUUCUACAACAGCUUAUGGCUUGUCGCAAACGAUGUGAUCAUUGGUAUUGCUCUCGGGUCAUACAUCAUUGAUAACGCAAACUGGGUGGCAUCGCAAAUAAAUACCAUUCUGACUGGUUGGACGGUGGAAGGCUUGCAGCGGACCAUUUCAUGGUUAAUGGACUGGCCAGCUGGCUUGAAACUGAACAACGAGCUUGCAGCUUUCCUUGGUGACUUGUUCCUAUGGGUCAUCGAGAACUGGGCUGCCUGCAUUGCCAACCUUCAACCUUAUCUUCCUGCUGUCAUCUACAUUGUGGGCUGUUCGAGCUUUGCAGGGGCGAGUAUGCCUAUCGCGCUCUUCUCUGACCUUCUCUCGAUCUUGACCGUCCAUAUCUACUCAUUCUACAUUGCCUCCGCGAGAAUCUUCAAUUGGCAGCUCACCAUAAUCAUCUCUCUUUUUCAUCUCUUCCGCGGAAAGAAGCGAAAUGUUCUCCGCAACCGAAUUGACUCAUGCGACUAUGACCUCGACCAACUUCUACUCGGCACUAUUCUAUUUACAGUGCUAUUCUUCCUUCUUCCCACUGUGAUCGUCUUCUAUCUGACUUUUGCAUCGGCCCGCAUGCUGAUCAUCUCGAUGAAAGCCGCCUUUGACACCUGUCUCGCUUUUCUUAACCACUUCCCUCUAUUUGCCUUGAUGUUGCGCGUGAAGGAUUCGCAGAGACUACCUGGUGGUAUCCGAUUCGAACUAAAGGAUGAUCUGGACAAACAAGCAACAGAUCCAGACUCUUCUGCAGUUUCCUACAUCCACAUUGAGUCCAUUCCUCUCCCGCUGCGUGCGAUGUUUGACCAGUACUUUCAACUUGGCCACCGACUUCGCAAGCACUACUUGGCACCCCGCGUCAUCUUCUGUCUUGUCACCGGACGCUUCGUUCCACCCAUCCACCGCCGUAAUUUAUACAGCAUGCAAUAUAGUAUGCUUCCGGCCCGCCGUGCCGGAAUGGUUGAAGUCUGGACAAUGCUCACGCAGCCGAAGAAGACUAGUAGCGGAGGCUCUGGGACUGGCUCUAUGGGUGGCGGAAUGGGAUCAUUAGGGGGGCCCAGUCCCUAA